AUGUUAUAAAACAUUACCGUUUCAAUAUAACAAUUAGAAAAUACUCAUACACAAUAGAUGGCCAUAGCAUAUAUGUUAAUUGCCUACCUUUUUCAUGCUAUUUAAGCUACUUUUUAUAAAUGUGCUCAUUCUACUAUAGUACCCUAAUUUAUGUUUGUGACUUCAUUUAUUUCAUUUAUUGUUCUCUAUUUUGUCUAACUUAAUUAAAACAUGUAUCCAAAAGAAUAGAUGCCUCAUAUUAUUAAAUCUUAAGCAUUGAUUGGAAUUGGAACAUUAUUCUAUUUUUAUGGAGUUAACUUUAUAUCUUUAUCAGAAGCUGUUAUUUUAUUUUGUACAAAUUCUAUUUGGAGUUAGAUUAUGGUAAGUAUUAUGAAUAAAGAAAGAAUUACUAAAUCAAGACUUUUCAAUUCAAUUUUAUGUAUAAUUGGAGUUACUUUAAUUGCCAAUCCUUCAAUCUAAUCUUAAGAUCCACUCUAACAUGUUAUAGGAUGUGUUAGUAUCUUAAUUUGUAGUAUUGUUCAAUCCUAUGCCUUUAUUAUUAUGAAAUAAAUUGGAACUAAAAUACCAUCAUCUGUUACUGUUACUUAUUUUCAUUUUAUUAUGCUUAUACUUUCAAGCUUAUAACAAUAAUUUAUAGCUCAAUUUGAAUAUUUUGAUAAUUACUUUUUCUUCUCUUUAGGAUUCAGUAUAUUUACCCUAUUAGCAUAAGUGAUCAAAUUUAGAGCUUAAACUAUGGUUACUUAUGAUAAGAUUUGUAAUUAUUCCUAUUCUCAAAUGAUUUAUAUUAUCAUUAUUGACUAUUUUGUUUUUCGAUCUAUAUUGACUAUUUAUGGUUUUAUUGGAGCUCUAUUUAUAAUAUCUGGAGUUUAUAAACAAUUAAUUGAAGAUAAAAAAAAUAAAUGA